GGAACGGCGGGGGGACGUUUCAACUCUCACCUGAUAGGACAAGUGGAGCAAGCUGGUAGCAGUUCCUGGAAUGAUUCCCAGAUAAUACACAUACUGAUAAAUAUGAGUGCACUUAUGACACACCCAGUGGCCUAGUAUGAGCCAGAGAAGCAGCUCUUGUCUGUGGACAUCAGUUCCUCAGGUUUCUCCCGCACCAUGUGACCGCUACAAGCAUGCUUCUUGUGUCUGCAGAGGAAAUGUCUACCUGCUGGGAGGUAGAGAGAGGCACUCAUUAAAGGAUUUCUGGAAAUAUAAUGUCAUGUGUAACGUGUGGAUUGAGCUGGACUGUAAUGAUGACAAGGCACCUGAAGAGCUUGAGGAACACAGCAUGGUGGCACGUCAGGGUGUUCUCUGUGUUUUUGGAGGCCUAAGAGGUACAGCAUAUUCUAAAUCAAAAAUACCACUCUGGCUAUUUGAUACAGCUAUGGAGCAAUGGUUGCAUUCACAAGUGAAAAACUCUUCUUCUCAGAAUGAUGCGCCAAGCAACAGAAAGGGACACAGUGCUGUUGUUUUUGGAUCCUCCAUGUAUGUUUAUGGUGGAUACAAUGACAUGCAAAGGACCUUACAGGAAUUCUGGGCAUAUGACUUUGACUCUGGGGUGUGGUCAUUGUUGAGCAAAGGACAAGUAGGUCCUGGACCUAGGCAUAGUCACUCUGUCAUGGUCCACCAGGAUUCCAUGUACCUGUAUGGUGGCCUGCAAGGCCUAAAAGAGCAGAGAGACCUGUGGAGAUGGAACUUUCUCAGCCAAACCUGGAGCUCCAUGAGAGUCUUCUCAGGGCCCUCUAAACUGAUGGGCCACUCUGCCGUGUUGUACAAGGACAGCAUGCUGCUCUUUGGUGGAGGUGUGACCCAGAGUGCCCCCAGCAACUGCCUGUGGGGGUUCAGUCUUACCACACUGAACUGGGAGAAGCUGCUCUCACUGCCGGGAUCCACCGCUCCCUGUCGGAUUCACCACUGCAGUGUGGGUCUCGGCCCAAACUUUAAACCUGGACCACACACUGACAUCAUCAAUAAGGAAAUCUCCACAUCCAACAGUUUGAUCAAGCUCAGACCAUUUAAGAACAAGUGUGUCCCAUCCACGCUAUCCACAGGGCAGCCUAGGGAGGAUAUUGAGCUCCAGACGACACAAACUUGGAAGAAAAAUGGGCUGAGGGACAAUAGCCUGGGCUUUGAAGGGUCUGAGACACAGGGCAACUCCCUCACCGCAGUGACCCAGCAAGAUGUCAGAAAGAAAGGCAACAGUGAGAACUCAGCAGAGGAAACAGAGGACGGCCUGGUAAAGCCCAUGCCAAACCUACUGCUCAUAUUAGGCGGUAAACCUCUCAAAGAGCAUGCUUCCAUUUCAGUGUGGAAAAUGACAUGGGCAGACAACUGACUUAGAGAAGCUGAUCCCUUCUUUAGCUGAAACGAAAUUAUCUGAUUAUAAGUAUAUACAAUACCCCUGCACAAACAUUACUCAAAGAGCUUGUUUCCAUUGUGUUCCUCAUAAAUACAUAUGAUACUUUCUCUGAAACAAUAGAAUAGCUUUUUGGUGAUACAAUAUAAGGACAUACAGGCAUAUUUUAUAUAGUGUUUAAGCAAGAUGUUGUACACUGGUGGCAUUGUAAUAUAUUUCAAAAAAAAUAAAGGUUAUUGCAUUAUUUGGCAAUUAUUUUUAUGUUCAAAUUUUGUUCAGUGUAUUAUUUAUUAUAAAUUAUUAAGCCUAUAAUUGUCAGUAUUUAUUUGUAUUAGGAUUUUUAUACCAUAUUGAAUAACUUUGCUUUGUGAAAAUAAUAUUAGUUCUAGAUUUUAUUUUCUGGAAAGUUUUAAAUAAAUUUUGUAACUUUUCUGGGGAGAAUUUACUUUCUAUAUAUUCUUCUAAAAAGGUUAUAUAGGCUAAACUUAAUAUUCAGUAAUUGCUGAUGUUGUUCAUGUUUUCAGAACACAUAGCUUGGUAACAGAUACAGUGCUCAUAUUGGUGCAAGCAACAUAAAUUUUUCAGUACUUCUAUUUUGAACUUUGUUUAAU